AUGAAUAAUCUUCUUGGUAAGGAGUUUACCGAAGAUGAAAUUAAGUUGGCUGCUUUUCAAAUGAAUCCUAGUAAGUCUCCAGGACCGGAUGGAUUCAACCCUUGCUUCUAUCAGAAAUAUUGGUCCAUAGUUGGGGGAGAUGUCACGAGAUUGGCAUUGGAAUUUCAUAAUGAAGGUAAACCUCUUCCGGAUAUAAAUCACACUACUAUUGUUUUGAUUCCGAAAGUUGCUGAUCCUUCUUGUGUUAAAGAAUUUAGACCAAUUAGCCUUUGUAAUGUCUUGAUUAAAAUUAUUACAAAGGCUUUGACAAAUCGGUUGAAACUUAUUCUCCCUCAGAUCAUUAGUGAGACUCAAAGUGCAUUUGUUCCUGGUAGACAAAUGUUUGACAAUUCAAUGAUUGCUUUUGAGAUCAUUCAUCAUAUGUCCAAUAGUAGAAGUCAUAGUAAGCAGCACAUGGCACUGAAGCUUGAUUUGAGGAAAGCUUAUGAUCGUGUGGAAUGGCAAUUUUUAGAAGAUGUUAUGAGAGUUAUGGGGUUCUCUGAACGUUGGAUUUCCAGUGUGAUGACGUGUGUGCGUACAGUCACUUAUUCCGUAAGUGUUAAUGGUAAUCACAGUGAAAGGAUUUAUCCGACCAGGGGAAUUCGACAAGGAGAUCCUUUAUCUCCAUAUCUCUUCUUACUUUGCAUGGAGGGAUUUACUAGUCUUCUGAAAACAGCAGAAUUGAAUGGAAAUAUAGAAGGUGUAUCGGUUGCUAGACAUGCUCCCAAAAUUUCCCAUCUCUUCUUUGCAGAUGACAUCUUGCUCUUCAUUCGAGCUCAAUGGUCAGACUGCGCAACCUUACUAGAUAUUUUGAAUCGUUUUGAAUUGGCUUCUGGACAACAGAUAAACAUUGAGAAAUCAUCAAUUUUCUUCAGCAAAAGUACACCGGAUAGUUUAAAGAAUGCUAUUAUGUCACAGCUUGAGGUUUGGCGUCUCAUGCAAUCUGAAGCAUCUCUUUGUUACAGAAUCCUAAAAGCAAAAUACUUCACCAACAAUUCCCUUAUUGAUGCCAACUUAGGUAGAAAUCCCUCUUUUCUUUGGAGAAGUUUACUUGCUGGCCGUAAGGUGAUUAUAGAAGGCUCGAGAUGGCGUAUUGGCAAUGGAAUGACUGUCAAAGUGUGGGAGGAUAAAUGGAUAAACAAUUCUACAGAUUUCAAACCGCAUCCAUUACCUGGAACCCUUUGUAAUGAUCAGUUAAGAGUUUCUGAUUUGAUAGAUCAUGUUGAGAAAAGAUGGUUAAUUGAUCGACUAGAGCUAUUAUUCCAGCCGGAUGAUAUUCAAAGGAUUCUAUGCAUGCCUAUUCCAGUGUCUUUUCAACCUGAUAAGCUGAUUUGGAAUGAUUCAUCUGUGGGGAUUUUCACUGUUAAAUCAGGCUAUUUUGUUGCUCGUAGAGUUUUGCAAAAGGAGGAAUAUUCGAUUGCAGACAAAAAUCCAUUUAAUCGCAACAAAUGUGUGUUUGAGCAUAGGUGUUGUCUCCCAUCUGCUUUAGCAAUCCGAGCUCAGAUAACUCUACAAGAUUGUCAUUUCUCCUCACCAAUUCAGAGUUCUAAUCAGAUUAUGUGUCCUUGGGUGCCGCCAACAGCUGGUAUCAUAAAGUUAAACACAGAUGCAGCUUAUAAUUUAGCUACUGGUACUGCUAAGUCUGGUACUGUUUUGAGAAAUUCCACUGGCCAAAUUAUAUGCUCUGGGUUUAAGCAAACAAACUAUAUUGUGAGUGUUCUUCAUGCAGAAGUAUUAAGCAUCCACUUUGGCUUGCAAAUGGCGUUAAGAAACAAUGUUGAUUGUAUUGAAGUCCAUGCUGAUUCUCUUAUGGCUGUCAAAGAGAUUGCUAGAGGUGCCAAUUCCAACUGGGAAGGAGGAUGUCUUAUCACUGAAAUUUUACACUUAGCUAGCUUAUUUUCCUUAAGUACCUUUUCUUAUUCUCAUCGUUCUUCUAAUACUUUAGCUCAUAAUAUAGCACAGUUAGAUCUAGGUGUUGGUGCUAUCUUUGAAUGGUAUGGUGCUCUUCCACCGUGCGUUUGUAAUCUUGACAAUUGA